UUAAGUUAUAGAAAAAUUGACGGACACAGUGACAAGUGAAAACCACGUCUUGUAUGUCAUAUUUGUGUUUACAAUUUUUAUAUAUGAAUUUUAAUAUUCUUGGUUGGGAGUUUUGAAGAAUGAAUUAUUUUUGAUAAAACUUAAAUUUAGCCAUGGUAAUGGAAUCAAAGACCACAAGCAAAACUAGUUGCUUGAAAGCCUUAUUAUUACGUGCUUGGCGAGAAAGAUGGUCAGAUCUCCAAUGGGGAAUUAACAUAAAAACAGUUUUACCUCGGGGAGUAAGUGGAGAUGUAUACAAUUUAGCAGAUUGUAUCCUUCAACAGGCCGUUGUAGGUGCAGGAGCCAAUCAAUUGGUUCUUAGCUAUUUGCGACACUCUUUAAGUGCUCAGUUGGUUUCCCAUGCAGCUGUGCUCCAGAGAUUGAGCAAAUAUAGUCAGCUGAGUAAGAUUCACUGCGUUUACAGUCUUUUAGAGUUUCUAGAAGGAAUGCUGCCUGGGAUUACAGUUAGUUGUGGUAAACCGGAAGAAACUGUACUAGCUACGGCGGUUUUAUCUGUAGCACUUUGGUUAUUAAACAUACUGCAACAUUGCCAUGCUAGCACGAAGAUUACACAAAAGACUUCAGAGUUGUUGAAGGUGCUGCUUACUGAUGAUUUUUAUAUAUCUAUGAUGUGUCUUGCUAAAUACAAUGAUCCAGAACUCUUUACGGAGACAAGUAGAAAAUUCGUUGAAUUGGAAUCAAUAAUAAAAGAACCCGAUGAAACUAUUCAAACUAUAAGAAAAUUAUCAAAUAUUGAUGUUAGCGUUCUACAGUUACCAGUUAAAUGCGAUAACUGGCCUGGUUCCCUUAUCCAGUGCUGGUUAGAAGUGAAACUUACUGGAAAUCCGGGAACAUCAACAACAAUUCUAUCACAACAACUUCAAAUAUUUAAAAAAUUAAAAGGGUUUACUAAUGCUAGACUUUAUGCCGAAUUGAUGAGAGGAAGUCUGAUGUCUUUGUACAAUGUUAGUCAGACCUCCCACGAGAGUCAGUGGGGUGCAUUUGCAUUUAUUAAAGUUCCUCACAUUCUACUAGAACUAGGCGGAAAUACUGAUACGUCAAGCAUAGUUUCGGCCUUAGAACUUAUGCUUCAGCAUAGCCCUUUACUUGACGCUAUGGAUGCAAACAGUUCCUGCUCUAGUUUUGAGUGUCUUUUGAAUGAGUUGUCUAAAAACAAGUUACUCGUUGAACCUCAAGUUAAAAUGUUCUUGGAAAAGAGAAAGACUCCUCCCAACUUGAAAAUGGAAUCAGGACCAGGAAAUAACAUGCCUACAUACUGGCAUAUUUGCGCCGAGUCUACUUUGACGGGAAUUUUAAAAACUCUCUCUUCGGAUUAUCAGAAAAUUCAGGAUGCUUUAUUAAAAAUGCUUCACCAAGUCUUAGCAGGCAAAAGCUUCGAACUAAUUCUUGCAGUUGCAACUGUGCAAGACAAACUUGGCACUCUAGUAAAUAGACUGAUUAAAUUUAAUGAAUGUUCGAAAUCUGCCGGCGAGGCCAAAUCUCAGUUGUUUGAUAUCACAUUCGUGAUGUUGGUAACGAUCGUUCAAAAUUACGGUACCACAGCUCUUCUGGAUUGCGAUGGAGACUCUCUUUUUGAACAGUGGGUUAAGUCUUGCAUGAUUGAGAGACAGAAGCCUAAGGCACCAGAUCAGAUUCUGAGAUUAGGUGAUCCUACCAUCAUUCAAUCUCUUCUUGAACAAUUCAAUUCCGGAGAAUCAGACUUCAAACCUGGCGUAAAAUGGCAAGACGUUUUGUUUAACAUUCCCGGUGUUAUGCACGAGGUCCUAGUAGCCUGGGAACAAGGAGCCUUAGUUCCUCAAGAUGUGAAGCGUAUUCUCGACGCAGUCAGAGGGAAAAUGUGUUGUUUACCAAUAGCGGCUGCUGCUUGGCUGUGCGCUUACAUGAGGACUGCUCCCCAAGAGACACUACUGAAGCCGAUAAAUAUGGUGCAACAACUUCUCAAUACUCCUGUUUCUGAAGAAGAUACUUUGAAUGACCGAUGGCAAUUGACGUGUGAGAUCAUCAGAAAGAUGCAGAGAGAUGUGCAGUUACCUUUGCCUACUAAAAGUGGACAUCAUUUGGUUUCUAGGCAACCGGCUACUGAACAAUUAGGUCAGGCGUGGAAAUCUGGUAUAGUAAGAGGAUGGUUGGACCACAAUUCUGCAAGAACUCUUCAUUGUCUUCUGGAUACUGCCGGUAACAGAUGGCUAGUGUCUGCAGUCAUCCAAGAAUUAGUUAAAUUGAGAUACAGGGACCAGCUCCAAAGAGGCAUCGAUUUAGCUCUUGCUAUGUUUCAUGUCGAUAUUGUUGGUUGUACACUACAGUUAUUAUCGCAUGUAUUACCUCAAUUGCUGUACAAUGACAUUCAAGCUGAUGCGUUGAUGGAACCCCAACUGCCGGCGUUGGCCUAUUUGACAAGUUAUUGCGUGUUCACGGCCUGGGAUGCAUUGUCAGAGGACGUAGACACCGAACCUCCAGCCAAAAUGAGCCGUCUGGAUAAAGAAGAAGAACCGAAAUCUCUAGAACAACUUCUAACCUCACUUCGGCAGCUUCUGCAUAUGUUUGAGGGAGUCAUUCAAGAAGGUUCGAUAACGCAGCAAACUUAUUUCGCGUUUUAUCUUAUCAAGUCCCUGGUCGAAGUCAAAGUGCCGUCAGCUAGCUCAGUGUUGGCGGCCGUUCCGCCGUCUUUGAUUUCUGAUUUAUUGAAGACCAUGCCAGAAUUGUUUAGUUACCCUCUUCUUUUGCAUAUCCAUGACGUUUUUAGUUCUUCUGGUAGGAUAAAUAUGGCGAAGGAUUUGUGUAUUUUAAGGAAUUAUUAUCUCAAGAACCCUCAGAAUGUGAUUGCGCGGUAAUUUUUUGUUGUGAGGAUUGGAGUAUGGUGUUAUUUGGGUAAUGGUCUUCCCGAGAAGAGAUCUACGUUGUGCUUUAUUUAUAACUAAAUGUUAUGAGGGGAAAAUUAGAAAAUGUCAUCUUUUCUUUGAUAUUUUUCUGUUAUAAAAACAUUGAUUGUCAUUUGAUUCUUUCCAGAGGUAGAUAAAAAGAAUUGUGCACACUAAAUAGGUAUAUUAACGUAUCUGUAAAUGUGCUGUAGGUCUACUAAAUCAUUUUUAUUACUAUUUAAAAAAAUAUUUAUUACUAUGUAAUUUUUUAUAUUAAAAAUUGUAAUAUAGUCUAAGUAAAUGUUUGUUUUAUUUAUUAUAUAAAUAGUGGGUGAUACUGUCACCAUGCCUCCAGCAAUCUCAAAUUUAAACUGCCAUGAAAAUACAUGUUAUGACUGGUAUAUAAUGUAAACUUUUGAAUUGGAAACCAUGCAUCUUAGACGCCACUUAUGGAAACAAUCCGC